AUGACACAAUUCAUCACUGACACGGAUAUUUUAGCAUCCUAUAAAACUGAUGCCUCAGGACUCUUUGGUUCUCCUGACGCCAUUGCUCGUCCACGAGAUUAUCAAGACCUCAAAGAAAUUGUACUCACCUGUUUACAAUCACAGACAGCUAUUACUCCCAUUGGUGGUUUAAGUAGCACAACAGGAGCCCCUCUAGCCCCCUAUGGCCUUGCUCUUGAUUGUACACAACUUACGGGCAUUAUUGAUUUAGAUAUAGCUUCGGACUCAAAAUCUGCUACUGCACUGAUAUAUCCAGGUACAAACCUACAGACUCUCAAAACAACUUUAGAAACAGAAGGAUGGUAUUAUCCGCCAGAUCCAACCAGUGCUUCCAGCUGUACAUUAGGGGGUACCGUUUCGACAAAUGCAAGUGGUCCAGGUAGUUAUCAAUAUGGUUCAACACAUCGCUGGGUUGAGGCUAUUCAUAUGCUUGAUGGUGCAGGCCAAGAACAACAUUGGCAACGAAAUCAGGUUGAAAAAAUUACAUUAGGGUAUCGCUUUUUAGCAAACCCACUUGAUCUGAUUAUCGGAAGUGAAGGGACGCUGGGCGUUUUUACUCGUAUUCAGAUUCGUCUGAUACGCCCUCCCGAACAACGUACAGGUAUUCUUACCUUUUUUUCAUCUUUAUCAGACUUACUUGUCUUUUUACAAGCUGCUUGCCAACAAGAGCGUUACCCCGCCUACUGUUUAGAAGGUUUUGAUGCUCCUGCUCUCUCUCUUGUAACAACGUCAUUGACAAGUACUCCCCCUACUGACAGCCUAGCUAUCUAUUUGGAGAUCGAGCAUACCGGCGACGUUACGACUGAUAAGAUUCUUAGCCAUUGGCUUCCUUUAUUGGAAGCCAAUGCUUUGGUAGAACAUACUUCGAUUUUUCAAUCUCCUCAAGAUUUUCGUGAUAUUUAUAACUGGCGCCAGAUCAUUCCUAGCCUAAUGAAUACCCAAGGCAAAAUAGCCACGGCCUCAGGCGGCAAAAAACACUCAACAGACUGGUGUGUACCUCUUAACCAAUUACAAAACAUGUUUACUUUUGUUGACCAAAUCUUAACGGAUGCCGAUUUGUUAGAUUUACCUCAUAUUCGUUAUGGCCAUUUUGGUAAUGGUCAUCCUCAUCAUAACUUUAUUACCCGCAAUCCAGAUGAAGACAAACGACUAACAAAGUUAUUACCACAGCUAUACCAACAGGCCAUCAAUUUAGGAGGAACCUUUGUAGCAGAACAUGGUGUUGGAAAACUUAAAGCACCUUAUCUAAAAAAACUACUAGACAAAAAAUUAUUUGAAGCCGGACGUAAUAUAAAACAGAUUUUUGACCCACAGGGACUCAUGGCACCAGGAAAUAUUUGGGGAGAUUCAAAAGAGCUAUUUACAUAG